AUGGAUAUUGAUACAGGGAGCAACCAACCAAGCGGCCUAGGUGAUGCGGUCGAGCACUUGGAAGCCGUUGCAUUCGUCCCGCCCAAGAAGAGAUACACAGAUGCCAGUCUGCUUGCCAAAACAAUCGCUUCAAACGCGUACGAAAGUGGCAUUCCGCAAUCCGUGCUGGCCCGUCUCCUGAAGAUUUUGACCACGAAAAAUAACCUGGAUCAGGGCACAGUUACAACGCUGAUCAAAAACCUGUACCCCCAGGAGAGAAUCGCGUCCAAGAAUGUCACUCAAGUGGUGUGCUGUCUUGGGCCCAGUAAGAACAAACCGAGCCCCGCCACACAGGCUCUGCUAUUGCGCUGGUUGAUUCUUGCGUAUGAUCUUUUCGAAGAACGGACGCAUCUCGCCAAACUUUAUGCUGUUAUUUUCAACCAUUUGGACAUGAUUAGUUUGCGGAAAUCACUUUGUCACCUUCUCUCGCUCAUCACAAGACGAAAACACGUCAAGCCAUUCCGCAUUCAAGCCUUGAUGGAGUUGAUUCAGACUGCUGGUGGCGAAGACAGAGAGCUUAUCAGCCUUCUAAGGAUUUUCAAGAAUUAUUACCCCGAGAUCAUUCUCGGUGAGUUUGGAGGAUCGAGAAGGAACGCCCUCUUCUUCAAACAUCCAGACCCCGAGUGGUCAAGCCAUGUGAAGGUGCUCCAAGAUAAAAAUAUGGAAAGAGUACAGGCCGGCCAAGGAUCGAGUUUCCAAGUCGUUCAUCGAGGGACUGUGAAAAGAAGUAGGAUUGAGGUUGUUAUUCCGACUCUACAAACGUCACGGGUAUCUCAUAAGCAUACAUCCCUAGAGGAGCUUCGUGACAUUAGCCAUUUUGUCGACAAGCUUGACAAGAUCGAGUUACCAAAUCAGAUUAUCUCAACUUUGGGCGAUGCAAUGGCUCAGAAGUAUCUCCAUCUGGUUCAAUCCGAACUCGCACAUCAUCGUCUCAAUGAAUGGCUGAGAAGUUUCCUGGAUGAUAAGUUGGAGAUGCUACAUGAGGAUGAAGAUGACGAGCUCGAGACAUUAUCGUAUGUGUUGGAUUUUGUUGUGGGAUAUGCAUCAUAUACCAAGGAACUUCCAUCCUCGAUACGUUCUUUUUUAAAGUCUUAUCUACAAAUAUGGAAUGGCAAAGAUAAUUGUGACCACGUCUUCCGACUUCUCCAGUACAUCCCAAUCGAGUCUUUCGGGUCUCUUCGGAGUGAAUUAUUGUCACCAUUGGAGUCAGCUGUGUUGGAUGAGAGUCUUCGUUCCAGAACAGGGUUGCUCGGGCUCUAUUCAGCAUUGAUCAACCAAUGGGGCGUGAAGCUUCGAUCACAGUCAGAUACAACAGAAGAAUCAGUUCAUCUGAGUCAAGUCAUCGUGCAUGCCGAGCUUCUAGCAUCUUCGAUUCUGGAGUUCUCGGUGGAGGACGAGGAUAAAAAGUCCAAACCAGCUACUGUCUCUGUGCUCGACUUCUACAGGACCCUUUCGGAACUCUUUUCUCAUGCGCCCCAAAACGGCCGGUUCCGCCUCACCCUUCCGCAUGCGCAAACCGUAUACACACUCGCCUUCACACCCAGUGUCGCUGUGAUCUCAGCCCUGAACUCCAUCUUGGCCGUCUACAAAUCUGCAUUCGAGGCCUCUCUGAAUUCCCAAGUUCUUCAAGCACAAAAUUCCCCGCCUUAUGGGACGGAUCUCGUUGGUCGGUUCAACGGGUAUGUCAUGGAUAUGUGUAAUGUGUUAUGGCGCAACCGUGCACUUAAUACCGAAGACCCGAAUGCGCUAGGCUGUCUCGUCCCAGCACCAACCGCCACUGCUCUGACAAUCUAUAUCAAAGACUUGUCCGAGGCAGCCAAACACUAUGAUCGCGAAAGUGCUUUCCAUAUUAAUCUUACGUCGAUAUUCUCUCUCAGCCACCAUGCUGCAUUCUGCAACCUGUCUGCAGCUUGCUUUGCGGAUCUGGAAGAGGACCAGCAGGUUGCGGAUCACCGCCCGAAAUUAAGAAAGCCGGUCACCCAGAAGGUGCUACAGGCACUAGAGAAGGAUGGUGGUGCUAAGAUUACAUGGCAGGAGUACCGUGUACAUAUGCUAGAUUGGUUGGAUGCGAUUGGGUGUCGGGGUACCGGGAUUCUGAUGAGAAGCACGAUGAAGGCUUUGCGCAAAGAGUAA